AUGUCGUCGGGGAAAGUGUGGGUGGGCCCGCUGCUGUUGAUACUACUCAUCGCCCUCAUUUACAUAUUUUCACUACUACCUCAUAGUCAUCACAAGGACGUCUACGGUACCGGUCUUGACUUUAACACAGAUGAGACGGACUCGUAUCCGCUCGGAAGUCAAAGGAUGGCCGAAGAAUUAGUGAAAAACUGGAUAGUGCAGGACUGCUCCUAUCAUGGAUAUCUGCGAGAAGCUGAUGGGAAGAUCGGAUGCGCAUGCUUGCAUCAGGGGCGAGAGCCGCUUUUCGAGGGACCCAGAUGCGAGUUUAGGAAAUGUAUCAACAAUGGGACACUUGUUGACGGAAAAUGCGAAUGCGUCGGCCAACACAUGGGCGAGAAUUGCGAGCUGACGUGCCAUGGUGAAGUGGAAAGAAAUGGGACUCGAGCGACCUGCGAUUGCCCACCACUUCGACUCGGGAAAUACUGUGACCAGUUCUGCGAUCCCACGAUUGCCCACUGGGACAAUGUGAUGGGGAGAUGUAUAUGCAAGAAUACGGGUGACGAGGCGCGCGCGAUACCACAUUCGCACCGCAUCGACUGCCCUGGGCUGAUCGAAAGAAGACCGAAAGGCAUGGUCAAUUCUCGUCUGACCCUCUCCGGCCUCUCCUUCUGCCUGAUCACCAUCGGCCUACUCUGCAUCACGGCCAGAAGGAGACGCCUCACCGCCUCCUCUAUCCCGGCCUCAGACGAGACGUGGUACCGCUUUUUCCAGCCCCAGGCGGCUGGCCGAAGAUGUCGUCACGACUUCGUCUGUGCCGAGGGCAUCUCCGGCUCGGAAUACCACCGCUUUUCCGGCAAGCCGCCGUUUGACACGUUUGAGAGCGAAGGAGUAUGGUCCACCCGCGUGAUUCCCGUCUUUCCCACGCUUCCACUUCCAAAUCGGCAUACGAUGUUGACGGGUGUGCUCCCUAAAAAGCACGAGAUUCUCGACGACCACAUGUUGAAUUGGAAGACCGGAGAUCGAUUCGAGGGGUUCCGCCGCGAAUCCGACUACGAUAGCCAGAAAUGGUGGAACAUCCCGCCCGUCUAUCAGACGGCAGCUCGACAAGGCGCGAAAACAGCUCUCUUCUUUUUGCCGGAGUGCUUUGUGGAAUGGGACCCCCAACCUACCGUCUGCGUGCCGCCACGCGCCCCUCCUAGUGAAGAGGAAAAUGACAACAUUGCCCAGUCGAUCCUUCACGCGACAAAAUGGGCUGAUCUGACGCUCGUCUACGACGCAUGGAUUGGUGCGGAGCUGUCGGAGCACGGAAAGCUGGCCGGAAACUCGACGGCCCUGGAUCGGCUGGCUGGGUGGCUGUACCGCUUCGCCUCGGCCGCCCGUGAACGCGUGGACUUGAAUUUGAUUUUUGUGUCACUGCAUGGGCAGAUUGAGGUGCCGCGCGGACACAUCCGAACACUCGAUGAUCAUCUACCAAUGGAGCUCGUCGAGAAAACGGUCGGCCACGGCGCGAUAAUGCAACUACGCGCCAAGCCGGGAAAGACGCAUCAAGUCUAUAACUUGUUGAACACGACGCGCCCAAUUCCGAAUGUGAAGAUAUUCUUCACAGCCCCAAAAGCCGGAGACCUGCCUCGAUUUUUCCACUUCCGGAAAAGCCACCUGGUCUCGGAUUUAUUGCUCUUGGCGAACCCGGGCUACGGUAUCGCCACGAGGGAUGCCGAGAAAAGCUUCCCUUCAUCAAACGAGACAACCCUGACUGCGAAAUCUCUUCCCGGCUACAAUCCACACCUCCCCCAGAUGGCAGGACUGUUUUUGGCGAUUGGGCCAGCAUUCCGGCCCGGAUUCCGGAAAGGAGCCGUCGAGAUUUGUGACGUGGCCGCGUUGAUUUGUUCGCUAGUGAAGGUGGAAUGUCCAAAAGUCGGCUGCGCUAGGAUCAAACGAAUAGACGAUGUGCUGACGAGCGACGCUAGGGUUGAGGUAGUUUUUCACGCGGCGUUCUGUAUUUAUGAACAACGAAAAUUUUCCGAAAGCUCGAACAUGAUAUUU